UUCGGUAUUACUACUGUGGGUGGGAUAAUUUAUAUUAAAGAGAAAAAUGCUUUAUCAGUGGAACGAUCACCGGAAGCAAUCUACUUUCUGAAUGUAUCCUGGCACGAUACCCAUCAGCGGUCAUUCGUUAUUAAUGUCCAUUUGCUGGAAGGGCGUUCAGAGAAUACUACCUGCGAACAUCGCCUCAAGUCACGAUCACAACCUUGUUUGAGCACAAGGUUAAGGUUAAGGUCAAAGCAAUGCGUUAAAUAUUGCGAUUUAGUAACCAAUGGCGGUGCCAGUGCAUGGCGUGGCUCGAAUGUUGCUUUUUUUAGCCGAAACUGUGCUUCUUGUGUACCUGAUCCUCAAUUUUGUCCUGACAAUAUCUGCGAUCCUCUAGAAGAAUUAAAUAACUUUGCAUGUCCGCAAGAUUGCAUAGCAGGUAAUAGAAUAAUGGGACCACGUUCUAUCAACGAUAACAAGCGCGGUAUAUUAUCUGACUCGGGUACAUGCACUUGUGAAGAUAAUGGAAAAUGUUUCUGCGCCCCAAUGGACGAGGAUGAGCCCCGACCUAAGCGCAAACGCAAGAAUGAACCAAAAAAUGGAAUCAGGCUCCGAAAAAUUGGAAAUCCAAUACAAGAAAUCCUUAGCAUGGCCGGCCUGGAAUGUGAUAAGUCCUGUGUAAUUGUAGCUAUCAUUGCUCCUAUGGUUUUUAUAUUUCUGCUUGCUACUGUGCUCUUAACAAAGCAUAAACAUGCUAAGCGCUCUUUACAUAAACAAUCUCCGGCAAAUAGUAAAAAAGGUGGAAAGCGGUCAUCUAACGGGGAUGAUUGCGAUAUGCGUAACGGUGAUCUUCCAUUAAUGCAGCUCGAUAAUGAUUUUAAAUUCGAAGCAACAACGAUUGAUGCCAAAUGGGAAUAUCCUCGGGAUUCUCUAAUACUGGACACUGUUCUUGACGAAGGAGAGUUCGGUAAAGUUAUGAAGGGCUACGCUACAGAUAUAGACGGAAAAUUGGGUGUCACAACCGUAGCUAUGAAGAUGCUGAAACAAGGCGCAAAUUCUGUCGAGUAUAUGGCUUUAAUGUCCGAAUUUCAAUUACUGCAAGAAGUUUCGCAUCCAAAUGUCAUAAAAUUGCUGGGUGCUUGCACCAAGGACGAUAGUCCAAUGAUUAUUAUCGAAUAUGCUCGAUACGGUUCGUUGCGCAGUUAUUUAAGACUAAGCAGAAAAAUUGAACAGUGUGGUGUCGACUUUACCGACGGUAUAGAACCAAUCACCGAAUGUGAUAUUUUAUCGUUUGCUUUUCAAAUCUGCAAAGGCAUGACAUAUUUGACCGAGAUUAAGUUGGUUCAUCGAGACUUAGCGGCUCGUAAUGUGCUCUUGGCUGAGAAUAAAAUUUGCAAAAUAUCCGAUUUUGGCUUAACUCGAGAUGUUUACGAAGAUGAUGCCUAUCUAAAACGGUCACGUGAUCGCGUACCAGUUAAAGUAAGUCAAAUAACUGAACUCGAUAAUGAUGAAAUUUAA